UCUUACAAAUUUCUCCAACUUCUUCUACUAUUCUGAAUCUCUUCCAUUAUACCCUUAACACCAAAUUUACAUAUCUUUUGAAGAAAAACAAGAAGAAAAAUGUUUAGCUUUCCGUUUUCAGAUCAAGGUUUCUUAGCACCCAGAUGUGUUUGGGUGAAUGGUCCUGUCAUAGUCGGAGCUGGUCCGUCCGGCCUGGCCGUGGCAGCUGGCCUAAAAGAACAAGGUGUGCCUUGUGUGCUAUUAGACAGAGCUGACUGCAUUGCAUCUUUGUGGCAAAAGUACACUUACGAUCGCCUAAAACUUCAUCUCCCUAAACAAUUCUGCCAACUGCCUAACUUUCCAUUUCCUCAGCACUAUCCUGAGUACCCCAACAAGAAACAGUUCAUAGAUUACCUGGAAUCAUAUGCUAGCCACUUCAACAUCAACCCACAAUUCAAUGAAUGUGUAGAGUCGGCUAAAUAUGAUGAGGCUUGCCGUUUGUGGAGAGUUAAGACUGUUUCGACUAGUGGCUCCACUAGGUCGUCUGAGGUUGAGUAUAUAUGUCAAUGGCUAGUGGUGGCAACAGGGGAAAAUGCAGAACGUGUUAUGCCGGAAAUUGAAGGUUUGCAAAACUUUGGUGGUGAAGUUAUUCAUGCUUGUGAUUAUAAAUCCGGCGAGAAUUUCCGAGGGAAGAAUGUUCUUGUCGUAGGAUGUGGAAAUUCUGGCAUGGAAGUCUCUCUUGAUCUUUGCAACCAUGAUGCCAAGCCUUCAAUGGUUGUUCGUAGCUCGGUUCAUGUAUUGCCACGAGAAAUACUUGGCAAGUCUAGUUUUGAACUGGCAAUGUUAAUGCUAAAGUGGCUACCAGUAUGGUUGGUUGACAAGAUUUUGCUGUUCUUAACAUGGAUGAUUCUUGGAAAAAUUGAGAAAUACGGUCUAAAACGGCCAUCAGUCGGUCCAUUGGAGCUAAAGAACACUCAAGGAAAAACCCCUAUCGAAACGAGAGAUCAACACUGUAAUCUUCUUUGA